AAUAGGCAAGUAUAAAAAGCCACGUGCUUUUAAAAAUACUAAUGUGGACACAUUUCCCAGCACAUACACAAACCAGAAAAACGCAUGGAUGGACUCGCGGAUUUUCAAACAAUGGUUUUUUGAGGAAUUCGUUCCAGUCGUUGAAGCUUUCUUGGAGAACAAAAAACUCCCUCGCAAGGCCCUUCUUAUUCUUGACAACGCUUCGUCCCAUCCAGAUGCUGAUGAGCUAGUCAGCGAUGGCAUUAGAGCCUUAUUUUUGCCUCCAAACGUUACUGCCCUCAUCCAGCCUCUAGACCAGGGAGUUCUAGAAACUUUUAAGCGAAACUACAAAAAGAGGCUGCUUAGAAAUCUACUGGAGAAGCUAGAGGACGGGCUGGGUGUCACUGAUGCUCUCAAGUUAAUCACAAUGAAAGAUGUUGUCUACUGGGUGUCAGAAGCUUGGGAUAACGUUAGGGAGGACACUAUAAGAAGGUCAUGGCGCAAACUUUUCGGAAUUGAAAAGGCAAGCCGCCAAGAGACAGCUGCUCCUGAAAACCAGCCAAGAGCAUGUCCUCCUGAAAAUGAAGAGCUUGUGAAUCUUUGUAACCACCUUCCAGUGGCUGAGCCCAUCAGUGCAGAGGACAUCAGUGAAUGGAUCAAUGGAGAUGAGGAUCAGGCCCUAACUGAUGACGUGAUUAUCCAGAUGCUCAACCAACCAGAAGAUGAUGACAACGAUGAACCUGAUGGGGCGACUGAGAAAAUAUCACAUACAGAAGGUCUAAGAACGAUCGAGGGAGCACUGGCAUACAUUGAACAACAAGAAACCGCAACAACAAACGAUUUAGUUUGGCUGCGACGCUGGCGCAACAGGGCGGCUAGCCUAAGAUCCUCUAAUCUAAGUCAAAAAACAAUAACUGAUUUCUUUGGGAAAAAAGAUUAGCUUACUUUGUUUAUUUUUGUACAAUGUACAGUAAAUUAAUUUUCAUUUCUUUGAUUUAAUUUUGUAAACAGGAAUACUGUACUGU